AUGACCAAAUUUCUCAAUCAAAUUUUGAAUCAUGAAAGCUUUUGGUCUGCUAAAAAACAAAGCCUGAAAGUUCAGAUCAAUGUAACCAAUGAUGCAGUGUGCAUGAGAUACAUUCGUCCAACUCCAAGCACUAAACUGGAAGGUUUCAUCCUGGGGUAUGGAAGCAGCUUCUUCUCUAACCAGUAUAUUCCCCUACCAUCUAAUGGGAAAAUGUACAUAACUGAAGUUGAUGCAGAGCCAAGAUACUUGAUUGUAGUGAGACCAGCACCCAUUCCUAAUAACAAGAAAUCCUGCUCAGGUAAAACAAAGAAACCCAAACCUCUUCAACUGGUAAUAGGCACUUUAACUCCAACAUCUGUCUUCCUAUCUUGGGGGAUAUUAGUCAAUCCAAAGCAUGACUGGACCACAAUGAAUAACUGUCCAAAUGACAGAUUUUAUACAGUGCGCUACAGAGAAAAGGACAAGAGUAAGAAGUGGAUCCUGCAGCUUUGUCCAACUACAGAAACAGUGGUGGAUAAUUUGAAACCCAACACUAUUUAUGAAUUUGGAGUGAAAGACAAUAUAGAUGAUGGGAUCUGGAGUAAGAGUUUCAUUCACAAAGUGGUUAUUCCUGGUAAAAACAAAGAAAAUGGACAGCUCCAGAACAACUACAAGUUCCCUAAAAUCCAUACACAGUUUAUACCAGAUUCAAAAACUCUUGUUCCAGUUAAAGUAAUCAAACAAGUUCUUCAAAAUAUUACACAUCGGACACAGUCUGAAAUUCUACAGAGGCCUCCUUUAUCAGGACCAAUAUUAGUGCAUCUUAUUGUUCCUGAUUUCAAUGCAACAAAACAGAAACCUCCAUCUUCCUCAAGAUUCAAUAUAUUUGAAAAGCCAAAACAAAUUCUAGCUAAGAACAAAACUCAAGAAUGGCUCCCAGAAUCAAAGAUAUCAGAAGUCAAAGAAAUCACCCCCAAAUCCCAGACUGAUUUGGAAAAGAGUAAACCUACAGCUGCUGGUGUUUCAAAAGAUUCUACAGUCAAUCAAGCUCACACUGAAAGUGAACUGGAAUCUUCAAAACCUAGCAAAGCUCCUAUGACUGAAAUGCCACCUGUCACAUUGGAUCUGCACAAGUUUCUAGGAAUUCCAAAAGCAAGACCAUCUCCUACACCUCACAUGCCCACAGAAUCAUCGGUUUUAAAGAAAAUGCAACCAGUUCCUUCAGAAUCCGAAACACCUGUUCUAAAGACUAUACAGACAAAAGCAGCAGUAACAAAUGAACCCACUUUGGAAUCUUUCCCAUCCAAAACAUCUAAAACUCUUGACUGGCCAAGGGCAACUCUGGUCUCUACUCUACCAUCUGUGAAGCAAAACAUACCUAAAACAUCUAGGAUCACUGAAAAAUUAAAAGCAUAUCCAGCAGAAAAAGAAUCACAAGAGAAAACCACUGCAUCUAGCAUUUUUAAAACCCCAGAAUUGCCAAGAACAACAAUGGUUCCCAGGGGGCAAAAAUUCCCUGUUUCCAAGCCCCAACUCCUUCCCCAUCUGGAAGAGCCAAAGAUUACACUGGUUACCAACAAAUUGAUUCCACUUCCUGCUGCAACAAAGAUAUCUGUCACUGAUGGACAUCCAGUGGCAACAAUGGCUUCAAAAGAAAUAAACCCUGUUCCAUCAAAGUCUAAAGAAUUCGACUAUACCAAGCCAGAAGAACCAGAGAGGAAACUUGCUUCUUAUAAACCAAGCCCAGUUCCACCAAGGUUUAAAGAACCUGAGUACAUCAUGCCAGAAGUACCAGACAGGAAACAUGUUUCAACUGAGGAUGAUAAUUAUCUUCCUAAAGUCUUGACCACGCCAGAACUUCCUAUUACCAAAUCUGUUUCUUAUGAAUCAAGCCCUGUUCCAUCAAAAUUUAAAGAACCCGGCUACAUCAUGCCAGAAGUACCAGACGAGAAACCUGCUUCUUAUAAACCAAGCCCGGUUCCACCAAAGUUUAAAGAACCCGAAUACAUCAUGCCAGAAGUACCAGACAGGAAACAUGUUUCAACUGAAGAUGAAAAUUAUCUUCCUAAAGUCUUGACCACAACAGAACGUCCAAUUACCAAACCUGCUUCUUAUGAACAAAGCUCUGUUCCAUCAAAAUUUAAAGAACCCAGCUACAUCAUGCUAGAAGAACCAGACAGGAAAGCUGCUUCUUAUAAACCAAGCCUGAUUCCCCCAAAGUUUAAAGAACCUGACUAUGGCAUGCCAGAAGAACCAGACAGAAAACAUGUUUCAACUGAAGAUGAUAAUUAUCUUCCUAAACUCUUGACCACAACAAAACUUCCAAUUACCAAACAUGUUUCAAUUGAGGAUGAUAACUAUCUGCCUAAAGUCUUGACCACGCCAGAACUUCCUAUUACCAAAUCUGUUUCAACUGAAGAUGAUAAUUAUCUUCCUAAAGUCUUGACCAUGCCAGAAUUUCCAAUUACCAAACCUGUUUCAACUGAAGAUGACAAUUAUGUUCCUAAAGUCUUGACCACGCCAGAACUGCUAAUUACCAAACCUGCUUCUUAUAAACCAAGCCCGGUUCCGCCAAAGUUUAAAGAACCUGAGUACAUCAUGCCAGAAGUACCAGACAGAAAACAUGUUUCUUAUGAACCAACCUCCAUUCCUUCCAACGUUAAGGAACCUGACUAUAUCCUGCCAGAAGUACCAGAAAGGAAACAUGUUUCAACUGAAGAUGAUAAUUAUCUUCCUAAAGUCUUGACCACAACAGAACGUCCAAUUACCAAACAUGCUUCUUAUAAACCAAGCUCUGUUCCAUCAACAUUUAAAGAACCCAGCUACAUCCCACCAGAAGUACAAGACACAAAACAUGUUUCAACUGAAGAUGACAAUUAUGUUCCUAAAGUCUUGACCACGCCAGAACUGCUAAUUACCGAAUCUGCUUCUUAUAAACCAAGCCCGGUUCCGCCAAAGUUUAAAGAACCCGAGUACAUCAUGCCAGAAGUACCAGACAGAAAACAUGUUUCAACUGAAGAUGAUAAUUAUCUUCCUAAUGUCUUGACCACAACAGAACUUCCAAUUACCAAACCCGCUUCUUAUAAACCAAGCCCGGUUCCGCCAAAGUUUAAAGAACCCGAGUACAUCAUGCCAGAAGUACCAGACAGGAAACAUGUUUCAACUGAAGAUGACAAUUAUGUUCCUAAAGUCUUGACCACGCCAGAACUGCUAAUUACCGAAUCUGCUUCUUAUAAACCAAGCCCGGUUCUGCCAAAGUUUAAAGAACCUGAGUACAUCAUGCCAGAAGUACCAGACAGAAAACAUGUUUCUUAUGAACCAACCUCCAUUCCUUCCAAAGUUAAGGAACCUGACUACAUCCUGCCAGAAGUACCAGACAGGAAACAUGUUUCUUAUGAACCAACCUCCAUUCCUUCCAACGUUAAGGAACCUGGCUAUAUCCUUCCAGAAGUACCAGAAAGGAAACAUGUUUCAACUGAAGAUGAUAAUUAUCUUCCUAAAAUCGUGACCACAACAGAACGUCCAAUUACCAAACAUGUUUCUUAUAAACCAAGCCCUGUUUCAUCAACAUUUAAAGAACCCAGCUACAUCUCACCAGAAGUAACAGACACAAAACAUGUUUCCAUUGAGGAUGAUAAUUAUCUUCCUAAAGUCUUGACCACGCCAGAACUGAUAAUUACUGAAUCUGUUUCUUAUGAACCAACCUCCAUUCCUUCCAAAGUUAAGGAACCUGACUACAUCCUGCCAGAAGUACCAGACAGGAAACAUGUUUCUUAUGAACCAACCUCCAUUCCUUCCAACGUUAAGGAACCUGGCUAUAUCCUUCCAGAAGUACCAGAAAGGAAACAUGUUUCAACUGAAGAUGAUAAUUAUCUUCCUAAAAUCUUGACCACAACAGAACGUCCAAUUACCAAACCUGUUUCUUAUAAACCAAGCCCUGUUCCAUCAACAUUUAAAGAAUCCAGCUACAUCACACCAGAAGUACCAGAUACAAAAUAUGCUUCUUAUAAACCAAGCCUGCUUCCGCCAAAGUUUAAAGAACCCGAGUACAUCAUGCCAGAAGUACCGGACAGGAAACAUGUUUCAACUGAAGAUUAUAAUUAUCUUCCUAAAGUCUUGUCCACAACAGAACGUCCAAUUACCAAACCUGUUUCAACUGAGGAUGAUAAUUAUCUUCCUAAAAUCUUGACCAGAACAGAACUCCCAAUUACCAAACCUGCUUCCUAUGAAUCAAGCCCUGCUCCAUCAAAAUUUAAAGAACCUGACUAUAUCCUUUCAGAAGUACCAGACAGGAAACAUGUUUUGGAACCUAUUACGUUUAGCAAUGAACUUCCAAUAGUAGAUGCAAAGACCAAGCAUCAUAUUUCCAUCACUAAAACAACAAUCAACCCACUGCUACUACCAAUAUCUGAUGUAGAAGAGGUUAUUUUUAAAACUGAACAAGCAAAAUCAUCAACAGCUCCUAAGGAAACACAUCGAGUUCCAACCAGACCAAAAACUUCUUCCAGUCCUGAUAUAACCCCAACCAAAUCCAGUCUAAAUGUCAAACAUCAUGAUCCAUCCAAACCUAAAAGUCCUCCUGAUCAAAAAACGCAGCAAUCAAAACCAGAUCCAAAAGAAACACGACUUCUUCCUUCAAAACCAAAACCAUCAGACAAACAAGAAAGAAACAAGACUAAACCUGCUUCAUCUAAACUGAACAACAAAGUGACAGUCACCAAAACUCCACAUUUGAAAAAAGUUGUCCACAGAACAACACCAGCCCCUCCUAGAACUAGAACACCAGGAAGACCAUCCUGGAGUAAAAAACCAAGAGGUGAGAAAUUAACAAAUGAAGAUGUUGCAAAGCCUCUCCAUCCAAGCUCUAGUACUAAGUCUAGUAUACCAAUAGAUUCCACAGUUGUAAGAAAAAAACCAGAUCCAGUAGCUACAUUACCUGGUUCUCCACGACCUCCUUUAGCUCCUGCCAGACCUACACCAAUACGAAGAAAACCAUUGCCACCCAACAAUGUGACUGGUAAACCUGGCCGUUCAGGAAAUGUCUUGAUGCCACGAGCAUCUUCAAUUCUCACAACGUCUAUAGCAAAACCCACUUGGCCAAGUUCCCUUGUGAAAACAAAUUCACCUAAAAAGCUACCUACAGCAGCAGCUUCUCCAGAUUACAAUAAUCCAAUGUUCAGUUCUAUCCCUACAUCAGACACUGAUAUUGCAGGCGCACCAAGGUAUACAGGUGAUCAUGUGAAAUACCUGAAAAAAAAAGAUGAUGAACCUUGUUCUAUCACAGAUACUAUACAACACUUUCCAUCUGAUAUGGAGGACAACAGAGACAUGGCUACUAGUGCCCCCAAAAAACCUCCUACGAAUCUUACAGUGGUGACUGUUGAGGGAUGUCCAUCUUUUGUGGUACUGGAUUGGAAAAAACCAGAAAAUGAAACUGUAACAGAAUAUAAAGUUGUAUCAACAGAAAAUGGAGGCACAGUUGGAAAAGAUAAGUCCAUUAUAACCACAAAUCAAACCCAUUCUACAGUGGAAAACCUGAAACCUAAUACAAGCUAUGACUUUGUUGUGAUACCUAGCAACCCUCUUGGGGAAGGUCCAAGUAGUGAAUCAAAGCCAUUUAGAACGGAAUCAGCUGACCCAAGAGUGACAGAAUCUAUUUCAAUGGGGAAAGAUGCGAUUUGGACCGAAGUGAGCUUUAAUUCUGAUGACUAUUCUGAAUGUAAGGGAAAACAGUAUGUCAAGAGGACUUGGUACAAGAAGUUUGUGGGGGUUCAAUUGUGUAACUCCCUUCGAUAUAAAAUUUACCUCAGUGACACACUUACAGGCACAUUUUAUAAUAUAGGAGAUCAGAGAGGACAUGGAGAAGAUCAUUGCCAAUUUGUGGAUUCAUAUUUUGAUGGAAAGACAGGGCAAAUGCUUCCAUCAGAUCAACUGCCUACCAAAGAUGGUUAUUUUAGAGCUGUUCGUCAGGAGCCUGUUCAUUUUGGAAAAAUAGGAGCUGGAACGCACAGUACUUAUGUUAAUUGGUAUGAGUGUGGAACUACAAUACCCGGAAAAUGGUAGAACAAGAAACAAACUGAUGCACCAUGCUCAGAGAAAAUAGUUUGUUGUGAUAUUACAAACUGAAAUCUAGCAAGAAUACCACGUUAACUUUCAAUAGUAUUGGCUGCUUAAUUAUAAAUGUUCAGAUUUAUGCAGAAAGAAAUAUCAUAAAGUGAUGUCUUGGGAAGCUGGCUCCCUAAUAGUCUCUUAUAUUAUCUACUUAUUGUAAAAGGUGUAGUUUAUUUUUUACUAUUGUUGUGAUAUUUUGAGGCACCUUCACUGAAAAAAAAUCUUCUGAAUUGUAUUAAUGUACAUUGCCAAUGGUCACAUUCUACUACUUUUCAAACUCACUUAAAUUAUUCUCUCAGUUAAUUUCUAGACAUUUUUGCUACUUUAUAAAAAAUCAAAUCCAUUUGAAAAGUUGCAGAUUUUAUUCGAACAUUAGAUAAAAUUGACACCACCUCAGAUUUCUUCAAUUAAAAUAUCAUUCAGGAAAAAAGAAUCAUGUUAACUGAACCCAUACCAAUAACCAUUCUACUAUCCUAAAUAUAUGACCAAUCUUUAAAAUUGUGCAAGAGCUCCUCAAUGCAAGGGAGAUUUCAGUUCAAUGGUACACACUUUUAUUCUGUACUCCCAGUACACAUUGGAUUAUAGCAACAAACAUUUAUAAAAUGGCAUUAAAAUUGGUUGUAUGUCAGAAAGUUAUUGGUUUUGAUAGAAUUUACUGGUAUGUGUAUAAAUAAUACUGUAAUGGCUGUUCUAUUUUUGUCUCCCACCAGAAAUUGAACUAAUUCAUGGUAAACAUACACAUAUGCACACACAACCUAUUUACAGGGGGAAAAUAUAUUGCUACGGUGAAAUAAAGAUGCAAAAGCCUUCCUAUUUUUUGCUGUUGUUAAUGUUAGAAUAUUUCUCAAAAAUACUGUGUACUCUGGUAUAUAUAUCUGAAUACAAAGUACACAAGUAUUUCAAACAGAUUUUCCUUCCUUAAGUACACGGCAGAUUCAAUCAUUUACUUCUUGAAGCUGCUUUGUGGGACAUGUGUAUAUUCAGAUUGACGGUGUAAAUCAUAUCAAGAAUGUAAUCAGGCAGUUUUAUUUCAAUUAAACAUGGAGAAAUGUGGCCUAGUGUGUUGUAUAGAAGACUGUCAAAGGAUAUCCAAAGUACAUGUAUUUAAAAAAUGUUUCGUUUCAUAUAAAACUGAAAAGUAAUGUGAUCUGCUUUAUGAAAUGGAAAAUGAAGACUGUUUUUGAAAAUAAUUUAGCUGUUCCCUACAUAAAAUGCUACAUUUGUAUGACUUAAACAUUUAAACAUUAUAAAGAGAUGUAAGUUUUAAUGUAUGAAAAUGUAAGAAACACAAGGAAUAUUGGUUUGGUUGUUUACAGAAAAUAGUACACUGCAGGUACAUUGUACUCUUAAUAAAUAAAUAA